AAACAAAUCCUUUAAAAGAAAUGUGCUCACCGCGUCUGAAAGAUACUUCCCAGCAGUUAAAAAUCCUCCCUUUUUUUACUUAUAUUCUUCCCCAAUUCUUGAUAUUCAGUUUUAAGGCUUCUUCAUCUCUGCUUCCAAGCUACUUCUUCCCUUACACACACACACUCCAAUUAUAUAUACACAUCCAAUAAAUUCUUGAAUCUGUUCAGUUUUGGUUCAACACAGUGAGGAAAACAAAGAAAGAAAUUAAGAAUGAUGAGUAACAGAGAUCUAGAGAGGGGAGGAGGAACAAAAUCAAGAAAUGGGACAUUAUAUCCUCCACCAACAUCAGCUUAUUAUGUGGAGAAUUCUGAAUCACAGUGGACAUCUUGGUUGGUUCCAAUGAUUGUGGUUGCAAAUGUAGCCAUGUUUAUUGUAAUCAUGUUUGUUAACAAUUGUCCAAGUAAUAUUAGUGACAGUUUUAACAGCAGAGGCAGAAAAUGUGUUGCAAGAUUCCUUGGGAGGCUUUCUUUUCAACCCCUUCAGGAAAAUCCUCUUUUUGGACCCUCUUCUAACACACUACAGAAACUGGGAGCUCUAGAAUGGAAUAAAGUAGUGAACGAGCAUGAAGGCUGGAGACUUUUCACUUGUAUCUGGUUACAUGCCGGUGUUGUUCAUUUGCUUGCCAACAUGUUGAGUCUGGUUUUCAUUGGGAUUCGCCUUGAGCAGCAGUUUGGAUUUGUCCGUGUAGGGAUUAUCUACCUUUUGUCUGGAAUUGGUGGGAGCGUUCUUUCUUGCCUUUUCCNGGGAUGGGGGCAUGGGGAGAUUUCAAGAGCUGCCUUAUCCAUUUUUUUUAUUUGCUUUCUUCUUCCACUUGAAUUACAGGCUGCAGCUCUUUUCACUCUUAUUAUCAUCAUCGCGAUUAACUUAGCUGUUGGUCUUCUUCCUCACGUUGAUAACUAUGCCCAUAUUGGAGGUUUCAUGAGUGGUUUUCUUCUUGGCUUUGUUCUGCUACUACGGCCUCAGUUUGGUUGGCUCGAAAGGCAACAUCUUCCAGCUGAAGCUCGCCUCAAGUCCAAGUUCAAAGUUUACCAAUAUAUUCUCCUACUGAUUGCCUCGAUUUUGUUGAUUGUUGGAUUCACAGUGGGAUUGGUGAUGCUAUUUAGAGGUGUAAAGGCAAACGAGCAUUGCAAUUGGUGUCGUUAUUUAAGCUGUUUGCGUACAUCAAGAUGGAACUGUGAUAACUAAGAGAUUUUCCCUUCUGUUCUGCGGCUAUGAUUUUUCUCAUUAUGUCUGUCUUUAUUCAUCUUAGACUAAUUAAAACAUAUUGUUCAUAUGUUACUUUUACAUGUAUAGUGACUGCUGGUUUUGUUGUGUGGAUAUAUUAUAAUAUAUUUGUAAAUCUGUAUACUAUUUGCAGUGGAUCUCCAUUUAUCUUUA